AUGGCCUUGCAGGGUGAGGAGAGGCGCUUGUGGCUGAAGCCAGCCAAUUUGAUGGUCGUGGCAUCGGCCACCCCGAGUCCGGAUCGAGGCUCGACCGAGAAAGGGCUCCAGCGUUGCAGCCGGUGCAAGGCGGUCUACUUCUGUUCCAAGUCGUGCCUCAGGGCGGGCUGGAAGGCACACAAGCGUUUCUGCGAGGCCCAGGGCUGCCGAUGGGUGGAGGAGCACGCAAUGCUCUGCACGCAGCGGGCUCGCCUGGACCAGCAGUCUGUGCGACAAGCAUCCAACGCCCGCGAGCUGCUGAGGACCUUCGAGCAGGCGGAGCUGUUCGUGGAGAAGUGGAGCCAGCCUGGUCGCGCUCGCCGCCCGGCGCUUGGGCACAGGUGCAUGCAAGACAUGGUUCAGUUCGCGGUGACAACAGGCACGCUGGCCUUGUUCAAGCAGCUCGAGGCCGGCGGGGAUCUGUUGGAGGCGUCAGUCUGGCGCCGCGUGGCGUCACUAGUGAGGCAGCACCUCGGCCUGACACGCCUGUUGGUGCCAAGGUUCCACAUCGUGCAUUGGAAUGCGCUCUACCAUGCCAGGGGGCUCCUGUCCCUGCGCGACUUGCAGGCGGACAGCGCGGGGGCAUCGGAUGCCGCCGUCGAGGCUCUGGCAGUGGACUUUGAGCGCCACCUGGACGUGGUGCGAGUCUACGACGCCGACUACGCCGACAGAUUUAAGGACGCCCGGAGCGGCGGCCGGGGCAUGCUCGCGGAGGGGUCGCGGCUGUUCCAGGCCAUGUCGCAGAGCCCCGCCGCGCUGCAGCAGUUCUACAGCAUCGACCCCUCGAUUGGGGGGAACGAAACAUGA